UCCUUCCUGUUGUUGUUUUGCUGCGGCGGUGGGUAGAAGGUAGAUGUGUAGAUCAGGAUACCUGUAGGUUAUUUUUUUCCCUAAAAACGCAGUGUGGAACUAAACUUCUUCCUAUGAUGGAUACCAUAAUGGAAGUCGACGAUACUUCAGAAGUUGUGCGUAAAGAAAAUACAAUGGAUGUUGAAUCAGAAGAAGGAGAGCUGCCCGACGAUGAUGCAGAUAUCCAAGCAGACAUUCAGGCUGAUAUCCAAGCAGCACCGGAGGUACUUAAAAAGCCCGAUAUACCUGGGAUUCGUGUUUUCUGUCCCUUGGAAUCAGAAAUGAAAAUACAGAACAGAGCUGGUGGCUUCAUUACUGGUAUUGAUGUUUUUGGUAAAGAAGAACAGGCACGCCUUGUGGAGCGGGCAAAGAGAUUUGGUUUAGACACAACUCAGGCCAAUCUGAUUACCGAAGAAUCACUUAAAAGGCUGUAUCAGAGCCUGGAUGUGAAAGAAGGCGACGACAAAGAGUAUCAUUUUGACUCUCUUCGGAUGCAUGGCACAGAGGCAAUGAGCACUCAAGAUGUGUUUGAGUAUUUCAAAGAUUAUGCUCCAAACUCAAUUGAGUGGAUAGAUGACGAAUCAUGUAAUGUAAUCUGGCUAGACAAUCUAUCUGCUAUUCGAGCAUUAAUGGGACUCUCUAAACCAAUAAAAAAUAUGAUCAAAUUGAGAGAACUGGAACCUAAAAAGCCAAAGGUUCCCUUGAAAGGAAAAAGAGAAAAAAAUGAAGACGACAAGUCAGAUGCUGACAGUGAUGUUAUUAUGAUAGAAGAUGAAGACGAGGGUUCUACCAAAAAAGUUGCAGAGGCAAUUGAAGCUGCAGUGGGAGUAGAUCCUGAAGCAAUUGAUGCUUUAGAGUUGGGUCUGUCUAUUCCUCCUGGCUAUUGGCGUAAAGGAACUACUCAUCCUAAUUCAGAUGGCAUUCUCCUUCGUUUUCGUCCAAAACAGCCUGAAGCUAAGAGUGAUGGACCUCAAAGAUUACCUCAGCCUGUUUUUGGCAUGGUGGGUUUAGUGUCUAAAUCCCGGAAGCAGCGAAUCAAAGAGGGACUUCUUGUUCGUCCCAAGAUGUUCCAUGAUGACAUGGGUGAUGAUAGAGAUUUUGUCAUUAGUUCUGAUGAAGAAGAUGGUAGAAACCCAUGGGGAACUCUGGCUAAAAGCUGGGGUCACAUUGAUCGAUCCAGACGCCCUCCACCACCCCCAGUAGACGAUGACUUAUUUGGGCCACCUCUACCACCAGCAUUGCCACCAAUUCUAAGAUUACCUCCCACAAUGCCUCUUCCUCCUCACUCUAUUUUACACAGAGUUGGUGUGAGAGCAGAACAUGUUCAGCGGCCGCUACAUAGCAAACACUCAAGGAGACAAGCAAGAUCUAGAUCCAAAUCGAAGUCCCCCUCUCCACAACCUGUCCUUGUAAAACCCAAGUCUUCUGUGCAUGCUAGACUAGACUAUGGAAAACGGCGUAGAAGGGAUGAAGACGAUUCUGAAGAUUCAGCAUUUUCAGGAAGUGAAAGUGAAGGGGAUUCAUGGACAAGAAAAAGCAAGAUACCCCGUAUGAGAAUGUAUGCUGAUGAAGAAGAAAAUAAAAUUAAAGAAAGAACCAAGUUACAGGCUCGUAGGCGAUUGAGUCCAGCAAGACAAGAAGAUCAUCCAUCAGAAAGAAUUGAUUUAAGGGAUCGUUUGGGUAGAGAUGGAUCAAGGCAUCCAACUUCAUCAAGAGGAACAAGUAGUUUCUCGGAGCGUCACAGAGCAGACCACUCGGAUAGAGUUGUGAGGUCAGAACGUGUUAAGAGCCAUUCUCGUCCAAAACCUACAGUGAGAAGUGUAGCUUCUUCUGUCUGGUCUCGAUUAUCUACUGACAGAAGUACCAGAAUCAAAAAGGAGAGAAGAGAUUCGUCUGAGUCAAGUAGAUCAGAAGAUGAUCACAGUGGUACGAGCAGUAGCAGUGAAGAAAAUUUAACCAUUACCCGAACUCUGAGGCAUCAGGAGAGUGAUCAAGAUAAUUCUUCAGUGUCAGAAUCUGAUGGGGAUAGUGAAGAAGAGUCAUCAAGUGAAAAAGGUGCAGGCUCAUCAAAACCUCGAGGAGACUUAAGGUCUAGAUUAGGUCAAAAGCAAGCAGCCAAAAAUGGGAAGAGUAAAAGUAAAAUUUCAAGGAGCCCAUCUAAACCUAGAUCACCUCUUCGAAUUGAGAUUGACAAUGAUGAGUACUAUCGAUCCCAUCAAGAAGAAGAAAGCUAGAUUUGUGCUCUCUUCUGUCUAUAAGUAAUUGGUUUGCAUGCUCAAGUAUUCACGUUUUCUUUAUAUGAAUGUUGUUUCUGUGACAACAGUGAUACUAUAUUUCUUAUCAUAGUACAGUAAUUUUUGUAAUUCUCAUUGAUAUUGUAAUUUUUUUUCUUUCUCUCUUUUAUGAUUUUCAUUUUUGUGGUCUUCAUAUUUUCUUGUCCAUUAUUUUUUUCAAUUUGAUUUGAUUAUUGGUCAAAUACAGUAAUUUGUCUCCUUUAAUCAAAAGUCUUCGCUGAGUUGGUGCAGAAUAUUUCUAUCUGCUCUUUACGCUCUUUAACAAUUUUAGGACUACUGAUUUUGUUUAGUUUUCUUUUGUAAAAAGGUGCUUACAAAGUAGUGCUGUUUUGUUAUCAUGUAUGUAUGUACAAUUAAAUGUAUUUCAAAGAAUACAGAACAAUCUUUAUAAAAACAUGUGUGAAUGAAUUGUUUCUAGAAAUAUGUAUUAUUAUUAAUACUGACAAGUUAUGUACAUUGGUCAUUUAUCAAGGCCGGCCGAAUUUUGUGAUUCCAAGCUUGUGACAAUAGCAGUUGUUGCAGGGCUCAUUAAAAUUUGGUCUUCAUUGUUGUUGAUGUUUAUAUUACGUGGUUCCUAUAAUAAAUCAGAUUUGAUGUUA